AUGAUCCUGGUUUUUUUCCUGCUGUCGAUUUCUUCCCGGCUGGUUCUGAAAGGAAAAGGGGGAUUCAAGUCGAGUGUUGCUCGUCGACGCAGGACGUGGCGCAAAGGCGCGAGCGAGCCGAUCCCGGGCUGCGGAGUCGGCGAUGGAGAGUCGGGCGUGGCCUUGAUCUCUGACUCGACGACACCACCUGCACCUACCUCCGGGUCCACCAACUCUGGACCCGCCAUGACGGCGAGUGAUCCGGGCCCAACAUGGUUCCCGUGGCGGCGGACGUCGACGACGGAUGUGAUCCACGCCACGUUCCUGGCUGCCACAGGCGGCGGCGGCGGCGGCCCACUCGCACGCUUCCCGCUCGUGUCCCUGUUGCUGGUGCUGCUCGUAUCGUCCGUGAUUCCUCCUCUCGCCGAGCUGGAACUCAAUCGUCCCGUGCAGUGCAGUAGAGUACAGUAUGAGGAAUGCGACUCGACUCGACACUCGCCGAGUUCAUCCGUCGUCGUCGUCGUCGUCGUCGUCGUCUCUGCGGCGUUGUGUCAAGAGGGGUUCGGUUGUUCAGUCGUCGAUAAGAUAAAAGCCGAGAAGCCACUGGAGUGUGUUGUUGCUGCUUUCUUCCUUCUGUCAGUCCCGCCACCGGAGGUAGGGAAAGAAAGAAAGAAAGACAGACCGAGAGACACACAGACUGACGCGUUCUCCCGCGUCACUCACUCUUGA